CUAUCCACCUGGAGUUUUGGGCUUUUGCCGCCAACUGCGCAGCCAUCCACCUUCCUGAGUCUCGUGGCGUGUUUCCGAGCAGCCCUGCACCAGCGCUGCAGCACGGCAAGGCGCGCCGGCUGAGCAGAGGCAGGAACACAGGACCACAGCCCCACAGCAGCUCCACAGCCCUGGUGCCGAGACCAGCAGCUGCAGUAGAGACAGAGGAGGUGGCGCAACUCUGCGCCCAUUUAUGGCAAAGGCAAAGAAGCCAACGAAGCGCAGCGCGGAGUUCGCGAAGCAGGUCAAGGCCGGGACCGCCAAGAAGCGCAAGGCGAAGCCCGCCAAGCAGCGCAAAAAAGCCGAACGCGUCUACAGUUACAAGCCGAGACCGCAAAAGGAAGAAAAAAUGCCGUCCGCGAGAGGAGGCGACCGCCGCCCGAAGCGGCCGCCGCCGACGGGCCCCGAGAUGGACGCCGUCGCGCGCGAGGUCCUGGCCGCCUCCGGCCCGGCGCGCCUCGAGGCCGUGCGGCGGGGCGAGCGCCGCCUCGCGGCCGUCGAGUCGAGUCGAGCCGGCGUGCCGGCGGCCGCGCAUUUGGCGCGGGCCGUGCGCGACGCGCGGUUGAGCGGGUGCAGCGGUUCAAAUGGAGAGAAGGGGCUGGAGGACGCCGCGCGGCAGGCCUGGCGCGCGCAGCGCAUUUUAUUACAGCCCGCGCUCCACGUCGCGCGGCAAGCGAAUUCCGAGGGCAAGGCGGCGCUGCGCGGCGUUGUCGAUGAAGGUGUGAAAGCUUUUGCGCCGAUCCUGGGCGACGCGUUGCAAGGCAACCGCGUCGGCCAGGCGCACGAGCUGUUGAUGGCUUUAGGUGAUCUCGAAAGGUAUAGAGAAACGCUCGUGGAUAAUGGGGGUCACAGCGCGCGCGUCUGUUAUUUGAGGGCGUUACGUUUGAAACCAGCGAAGGGCCGCGCCGCGGGCAACGUCGGCGCGCUCUGCGACGCUUCUGAUAAACCGGAGGAGGCGGCGCACUGGUACCUGCGGGCGGGCUGCGCGCGCGAGCCCUAUGGCGACGCGCCCAAAGCAUUAAGACGGGCCGCGGCGGAGGCCCAGCGGCGCCUUACAUUUAUCAAGGAGCCGCGGAUACAGGACGCCGAGGCCUACCUCGCGGCCGCGGCGUGCGCCGUCUGCCACGGGCCCCGGGAGCGCGCCGCCGCGGACGCGUUGAUGGAGCUGGAGCGGGCCGGCGGGCAAGCGAGAGCGGUCUUGAGACGGACGGUAUCAAAAGCGCAGGCCGACGAUUUGGCACGGGUCGUCGCGACGGCUUGUGUGUUAGCGCGGCGCGCGGCCGUGACCUGCGACGCGCCGACGGUGGCCGCCGCCCAUUUAGUGUGCGACCAGAUCUGCGAGGCGGCUUUGGAUGGGGCCCUGGCGAACGAUUCCACGAAACGCCGCGCGGCGCCGGCCGCGCUCGUUGGUCUAAGAUGGCUCGCGGCGACGACUUAUAGAGCACCAAAAGGCAAGGCCGCGGCUCGCCUAGCGGAGUUCGCGCGGGCUUGUCCAUCGAACGCGUCUUCGGCCGCAUGCUCAUUAGAUGACGACCUGCGCACGGCCGGCAUCUUCGACGACGCGCCGUGCCUGCGCACGACCGACGUCACGGCCGUCGAGAAGAAUGUCGAUAGAUGCCACGCGGAGCGGUGCCGGCGCCUCGUCGCGCUCGCGGCGGAGAUGGACGUAAAGGCUCCGGGGGCGCCCGCGCCGUUCAAGACGUCCGACAUGGCCGGCGUCCUCGACGCCCUGGGCGUCGCGCCGCCGCCGGCGCCGGCGCCGGCGCCGCGCACCGCCCCCUCGGCCUACGAGCCGGCGCCGCGCGACCGCGCAGAAUCCGACUUACUACAGGCCGCCGCGAGCGCGCACCUGGCGGCGGCCGUGCCCGCGCCGCCGGCGGCGUUCCAGUCAUCGGCGGAGGCGCGGCGGCCCUGGACGCGGCCGCGGUCGCCCGCGGCGCAGCCGGAAGGGCGCCGGUCGCCGGCGCUGCCGGAGCCGGGCCUCGCGCCGGACGCGCGGCGGCCCUGGUCGCGGCCCGCGCAGCGGCCCGCGCCGCCCGCGCCCGCGCCGCCCGCGGCCCCGCCGCCGCCGCCGCCCGCGCCGUCGGUCCAGCCCGUGCUCCCGAUGCCGGGCGCGCCGCCCUUCCUGUUCGUGGUCGACGCGUCGAACGUGGCCUUGAGGCACGGCCGCAACGAGGCGUUCAGCUGUCGCGGCGUCGAGAUCUGCCUCGACUACCUGGGGAGGCGGUUCCCGGGCGCGCGCGUCGCGCUCUUUUUGCCCGACUACUUGUUGGACGCGAGGAAGGUCGCCGCGAAGAAGAAGCUAGGUGGCAGGCCCGCGGAGACGCCGGACGACGUCGUCUACCUGCAGGGCCUCCAGAGGCGCGGCGUCCUCUUCGGCACGCCGUCGCAGGAUUAUGAUGAUGCCUACCAGAUCGAGUACGCGCGGAACCACGACGGCGUCAUCAUCUCGAACGACCUGUUCCGCGACGCGGUCGACAAGCAGCCCUUCAUGCAGCGGGCGGCCUUCCGGAGGUGGCUCCAGGAGCACGUGCUCUCGUUCACGUUCAUCGGCGACGAGUUCUGCCCGAACCCCGAGUUCCAGCUGCCAUUUUUAGCAAGGGGGCCGGUGUCAAUACUACAAUAG